AUGGCUGCAAGACUCUCUCUGCUUCUGCUCGCCGCGCUCAUGGCGUGCGUCGCGCGCGCCGCGACGGCCGCGAAGAUCUCGCAGAUGUACGUGUUCGGCGACGAGUCGGCGGACGUGGGCAACGCGAAUUACUUCAACCGCGCGCCCGUCAAGGCCAACAAGCUGCCGUACGGCGUCAACUUCAAGCCCGCUUCGGGCCGCUUCUCCGACGGCAAGCUCGUCGUCGACUACCUCGCCGACUUCCUCGCGAUCGGCUCGCCGCGCGCCGAUCUCGCGCCCCGCAAUGCGUCGCUUCCCUUCACUGGCCUCGACUACGCCAUGGUUGGCGCCGGCGCCAAAUCCGGCACCAACGGCGGCAAGACGCGCGGGUUGCAGCAGCAGUUCAACGAUUUCAAAAAGUGGUUCAACGAGGCCAAGCGCACCAACAACCCCGACCUCGUAAGCUUUCCAGUGACGCCUUACUCUCGCCCCUCCCACUCAACUUCGUCUAAGGUAAACGAGGCAUUGUUCGUGGUGAGCAUAGGCGCCAACGACUACAUCCCUGAGCUCAGCCGUGCACAGCCCAACAUGACGACCCUCGUCGCCAUUGCCUCCUCCGUGUCCAACCUCGUUAUAAGCAUCACUCAGUCUCUCUACAACCUCACCGGUUCCUCCAACAUUGUUAUUAUCGACCAGCCGAAUCUCGGCUGCAUUCCCGCCGUGCGCCGCGCGGCGGGAAGUGGAAUCAGCUGCACGGACGCUGGUAACCAGGUUACCAUUAUCCACAAUUACGCACUACUGACGAAGACAGACAAGCUGAGGAACAACCCCGCCCUGCCCAUGCCGAACCUGGUGCUCUUCAAGCAAUCAGCCGUCUUCAAGACCAUGAUCCAAGUCCCCACCUCUGGUAAACCUCCUACUCUCCCCCUUCUCCCUCCCCACUCCCUCUUUCCUCACUUUCUGCUCCCAAUCUCUCUCCCUCCGGUCCUUCUCCCUCCUCGUUUUCCAAUUACCCGCACUAAACCUCCAACCCACAAGCUUUUCUACCUCUCUCUCUCCCAUUAUGACAUUGCCUUGAACACUCAACUCAUCCCUAUACCCCCAUCCCCCUCAGGCCUGACAAACCAGACGCACCCGUGCUGCGAGGCGGUGACAAGCACGGGGGUGGUGGUGGCAUGUGCGGAGAGCAGCGGGAGCGGCAAGGCAGCGGUGACGGGAGCGGCGUGUGCGGCGCCUAGCAAGGCGGUGUGGUGGGAUGCGCGCAACCCCACGCAGGCAGUCAACCAGAAGGUGGCCAACACCCUCUUCUUCUCCACCAACCCCGCCAUGCCCGGGCGACGAGCAGCGCGCGCUGCUGACGACGCGCAGCACACGCUCCUUUCCGCCCCUGCUUCCCCUCCUUUCCGCCCCUGCUCCCCCUCCUUUCCGCCCCUGCUUCCCCUCCUUUCCGCCCCUGCUUCCCCUCCUUUCCGCCCCUGCUCCCCCUCCUUUCCGCCCCUGCUUCCCCUCCUUUCCGCCCCUGCUUCCCCUCCUUUCCGCCCCUGCUUGCCCUCCUUUCCGCCCCUGCUUCCCCUCCUUUCCGCCCCUGCUUCCCCUCCUUUCCGCCCCUGCUUCCCCUCCUUUCCGCCCCUGCUUCCCCUCCUUUCUGCCCCUGCUUCCCCUCCUUUCCGCCCCUGCUUCCCCUCCUUUCCAGCCCUGCUUCCCCUCCUUUCCAGCCCUGCUUCCCCUCCUUUCCCCCCUCUCCUUCCCCUAAUUUCUCCCUCUCAUUUCCUUCAUUGUCCCCCGCUGCUUGCCCUGUUCCUCUCCACCCCCUUACGCUCCUCCCUUCCCUCUCCUCCCUCUUCCAAUCUCCUCCAUUCCCUCUCCUCCCUCGUCCAAUCUACUCCCUUCCCUUUCCUCCCUCCACCGUUCUCCUCAUCUCUCUCUCCCCCCUCAUCCAAUCUCCUCCCUUCCCUCUCCCAUCUUCCCUGUCCCCCCAAAUCCUUCUCUCCCUUUUUCUCCUCCUCCCCCUCUUCCGAUCUCCUCCUACUUUUCCCCCUGCUAUACUCUUGUCCACCCCCCCGCUAG